AUGUCACUCCGUCGUCGGUACUGGCGCGCCGCCAGGACGGCCCUCCACAAAGCCUGCUGGUUCCCGUCCUCCUGGAAAUUCCCCGACAUUUGGACCAGCCAUGGGAGUGGAGAUAGGGAACGCCAUCGCUGGGCCGGGCGUGCGUGGAGCACCCGCUCGCGCAAUCCUCGCGCUGUCUGUCAGCUGCUAGCUCCCCUGCCAAGGUGCUGGCACCUGGGAAUCGUGAUGCUCGCGGACGCUGGCCGUGUCGACUUGCCAUGCGGGCGGGCCGGCCUGUGCAAGUUGGAUGCGUAG